AAUGCCACCUCUGCUGCUACCGCCACCCCGGGAUCCCAAGGAGGAGUCGUGAGUCGAGCCUGCCAUGGACCCGAAGGCGGGCGGGGGCGAAGAGGAGGAGGAUGACUGUGUGGACUCGGGAGCUGAGACCGGCGGGUCGGAUUACAGCCAUAUGUCCUCUACCAGCAGUGAGCUUUCCGUGGAAGACACCCAGGAUCCCUUCCUUGUCAGCGUCCACGUUAUCACAGACCCAGGUGAAUCCAAAAACCUCCAGGAGGCCAUUGACAAGGUAUUGGCUUGGGUCCACCCAGACCUCCAGCUCUUCCGUGUGUCUGAAAGGAGAGUGGCUAGGAAACGGAAAAGGCAGAAUAAGGUUUCCCAGCCAGCCCUUGCUGUUGUCCUCUUCCUACAGGAGGAAUAUGGAGAAGAACAGAUUUUGGAACUCCAUGAAACUUUCCAGAGACCACCGUGGCACUACCAUCACACGGAGCGAGUCCAUGGCAGAUUCCUCCCCUACCUACCCUGCAGUCAGGAUUUCUUCACCCUGGCCCCAGGAACUCCACUGUGGGCCAUCCGCCCAGUGCAUUAUGGGAAAGAAAUUAUCCGUUUCACCAUCUACUGCCGGCAUGAGAAUUUUGCCGACAUCCUGAAGCUCUAUGAGCUGAUCCUGAAAAGAAACCCAAGUCAGAGGAAGUCUGACUUCUGCAUUUUCCCCAUCUACUCAAAUCUGGAUGUGGACAUCCAGUUCUCUCUGAAAAGACUCCCCAGUGGCCAAACACCAGUGCCCACAGACUCCUCUGUGCUAGAGUUCCGAGUAAAGGACAUUGGGCAGCUUGUCCCUCUUUUGCCCAAUCCCUGUAGCCCAAUAAGUGAAGGAAGAUGGCAGACAGAAGAUCAUGAUGGGAACAAGAUACUUUUGCAGGCACACAGUUUGUAUAGGAAAUCUUCAAAAACCAGCAAGCUUCACUGGCUACUCAGAGAAGAAUUCUUCCUUCAUCCCUUCAUCCGCUUCAUUUCCACGGAGCCGCACACUGAGCAGCAGCAGCAACAGCAAUCAGGCGGUCCAGCCAAUGGGCUCUACCAGCCUGACCUACCCCCUGGGAAUCAGGGAGGUCGGACUCAAAGAAACAGCCACGGUCGUCACCCUGCUUGGUCAUUCCAGAGGAGCAAGUCCUUGUUUUGUCUGCCCACUGGAGGAGCUGCCCUUGCCUCUGACUCCUUGCCCUUGGCUGAACCACUGUGGGUUUUAAACAAAGGCUCCUGGGCAGAAGAGGCAUCAGAACAGAAACAGAACCCCAAGCUGUCUGUUGAUGAUUUAGAGGGUGCCCAGGAAACUGAUGUGGACACGGGCCUAAAGCUUUCCUUCUCAGACUUGUCUGUGGUCUCAGCCUACUCAGCUCCUAGUGGGUUUUGCAAUCGUUUGGAAACUUUCCUCCCUCCAAGAAAAUGUCACCCCCAUCGGCCAAAGCAGGGAGUUUCCAAAGGAAGCCCACUAUCUGCUUCAAGUGGUGUGCCAGCAGAAGCCUCCUGCACUUCCCUUUCCUCAUUCACCGAGGGGUCAUCCAGCUCUCCCCCAUCAUCGGCAGCCUCUCCCUUUGCAUCCUCCACCACGCUCAAGGAGACCACUGAGCCCCCCGCUUCCCAUUCUUCAGAAGUUAGGGAAACUGGUGACAACCUCCACAAGUAGCAGAGUCUUCUGGGACUCCCAACUCAUGAAAUAGAAGAGUUCUACAUCUGAAUUUUUCGUCCCUAUCACCCCAUACUUGGCAUCUCGAAGAUUCUCACCUAGCCCUGUCCCCACUGCGCUGCUGAGUUAUAAAUACUGAGAGUAUUUAUGUCAGAAUGUUUGUACGCCUCUGAAAAUGAACUACUUGCCCUGUUUCUAAGAAAUUAGUAGCAUAUGUGAUAUAAUCGUAUAUCUUAGCCAAGAGCUGCUCCCUUUCCAGAGACAAUAGAGAAACAUUGACAUUGUUAUGCCAAUAAUGCAGAUCUUUGAGUUGCAAAAUAUUGUUUUAAAAAGAGACUCAACUAACAGGCAUAAUUUAUUGUUUGCAUAACUCAGACACAUCUUUUUACCACCUGAAAGUGGGGGGAGGGGGAUAAGGCAACCUAUGUAAUUAUGUUUUGAUGAUUCUUACAACUAUGAAGGAAAAAUAAUUAAAGCCAGGAUGCUGAAAUUUGGAAAAGUGGGAGAUGUUUUAUUACUUUUAUAAGAAGUAUGCAAAAUAUUUCAUGUAUAUGAUAUAAUUAAUAUAAUUAUGAAUAUAAUUAAUAAAUAUAUAAUAUUUCAGGGGUCCUGAAAAUGACCUCGUUAGAGACCGACAAAAGCUCUUUCUGGUAACUAAAAGAGGUUUUAUAGGUUUUCAACAAGGUAAAUAUUUGCAAAAUCUGUCACCAGAAAACACCUAGAUAACACAGAUGUAGGUGCCUACUUAUCCAUACUGUGCCUCACUGUAAGAAAAGCCAAUAUAUAAAAACAAUGAAAUUGACAGAUGUCAGAUUGUCUACUUUUUUUUUUAUUACCUUUUUUUUUUUCCUUUUUUUUGCGGGGCAAUGGGGGUUAAGUGA